CUAUAGAAAAUUAAACUGUAAUUUAUAGUUUUAAGUCAAAAUAUAUCUGUGUUGUGUAAUCUAUAGACAAUUAUGAAUUGUUAAGAAGUAAUUGGAAGAGCUUAUAAGGGCCUCUGAACUAUAUUUAAGGCCCAAACGAGACAAGUCUUAGGCCCAAUUCGUAAUGCAAAACUUCUCUAUGCAGUCGAAUCUCUGAAUCUUCUUCUUCCGGGUUUUUAGGGCACUCCGAUCGCCAUGAACGCCUUGACCCAUUUCUCUGCGAAACCAAACCAUAAACGAUCUCUUCCUUUCACCAACCAAUGUGCAGUCCCUGCCCGACCCGUUUUUUCCAUCUCUGUAGCAUCACAACCGCCGGCGCAGUAUGUUACCAUCAAAGCCUCGUCGCCACUCUCGCCCGGAACCUUAGCUGCUAAAGUCGCGAAGCCGGAAUACGCGUCCGGUUACCCGGGAAUUUCGGAUUCCCCGUUUCAAUUACCCUUUUCUCUCAUGAAAUGCGCCGUCGUGACAACCCUCACUGCCACCGCGCUUUUCCUAGGGAGAUUUGGUCUCAGAGUCAACCCGGCAGUCGCGUCUCCGGUAGCCACCGUAAAUUCCGGCAGGCAGCAGGGCGUUUCCGAAUCUGAAACAGGGAAAGUCUUCGAAGAAAUCCUGCAAUCGAAUCCGAAUGACGUCCAGGCAUUGAAGAGCCUGUUGGAGAUUAGGGUCCGGAACAAGCAAAUCGUUCAAGCUAUAAUCAUACUGGACAGAUUAAUGGAGCUCGAGCCAAACGAGGUAGAAUGGCCGGUUUUGAAAAACCACUUGUAUGUUCUCACAGGGGAGCUCGAAACAGCCAGAAAUGGCUUCAACGAAAUCCUCUCAAAGGACCCAUUACGAGUGGAAGCUUAUCACGGGCUGAUCACAGCAGUUUCAGACGAAGAUCAAGCCGAAACUUUGAAAGGGAUUGAAAAUAGGGUUCUUGAGGCUAUGAGUUUGUGCAUUGAUGAUGAAAGCAAGAACAAACUGAUUGAUUUCAAGCUCUUAUUGGCCGAAAUUCGGGCAAUGGAAGGUGAAUACGAAGAGGCAUUGAAAUUCUAUCGCGAGUUGGCAAAGGAUGAGCCUAAGGACUUCAGGCCACACCUCUGCCAAGCAGUUAUAUACACUCUAUUGGGGAAAGCCAAUGAAGCUCAGAACCAUUACCAGAAAGUCCGCGAGCUGGUGCCGAAGGACCACCCUUAUGCAUCAUUUCUUGAUGAUGGGUUCGCUGCAGCGAAGCUUUUCGCUGCGAAAAAAGGGAUGGGGAGAAAGCCGAAAGGGGGAGCGAAAUCAGUCUAGCCUCUUCUCUACACGCAGAGCUCAAGAAGUUCAGAAACACUGUGAUGGUUAGUAUGGUAUGCUUUUCUUUCUUAAAACUCUAUGCUACAAAGAAUGCAUCUUUGUUAUGUGCUCAUGGUUUUGCGUCUUGGAUAAAACUUUGUACUUCUUCUACGGGUUUGAAUUUGCAUUUUUCGCCAUAGUUGCAUCUAAGAACAUGUUUUUUUUAACUCUGUUGUAUGGGGUUUUGAAUCAAGAAUGGAGUUGAGA